CUGGUGGUCGCCGGCGUUGAGCGGGCCUGUGGAGGGUCUGAGCAUGGCAGAAGGGGACACCUUGGUAUCAGUGGAUUACGAAGUUUUUGGGAAGGUGCAAGGGGUGUUUUUUCGCAAGUACACUCAGGCUUGGAAAACCAGCCCUGUCGCCUGCCGAGAGGUCCAGGCCAGCUUCAUUCUCGUUUUAGAAGAGAUGGACACCUUCCAUGGCCCUAGAAUCUUACUUUACCUGUGAGAAAAACUUAAAAUCAACUUCAGACAGCUCGGUACCAUCAUCAUCAUUGCCGAGGCAAUUAUUUCAAGUCAGAGAAGGAAACUGGUGCCUGGUUUUUCACCACCUUUCUACCUGCCAUGAUCAAGUGCUUAUCAGUUGAAGUGCAAGCCAAAUUGCGGUCUGGUUUGGCCAUAAAUUCCUUAGGCCAAUGUGUUGAGGAACUUGCCCUCAAUAGUAUUGAUGCUGAAGCAAAAUGUGUGGCCAUCAGGGUGAACAUGGAAACUUUCCAAGUUCAGGUGAUAGACAAUGGAUUUGGAAUGGGGGGUGAUGAUGUAGACAAGGUGGGAAAUCGUUACUUCACAAGUAAAUGCAACUCGGUACAGGACUUAGAGAACCCGAGGUUUUAUGGUUUCCGAGGGGAGGCCUUGGCAAGUAUAGCUAACAUGGCCAGUGCUGUGGAAAUUGCAUCCAAGAAAAACAGGACAAUGAAAACCUUUGUGAAACUGUUUCAGAAUGGAAAAGCCCUGAGAGUUUGUGAGGCUGAUUUGAAUAGACCAAGCACAGGAACAACAGUAACAGUAUAUAAUCUAUUUUACCAGUUACCUGUAAGAAGGAAAUGCAUGGAUCCUAGACUGGAGUUUGAGACCGUUAGACAAAGGAUAGAAGCUCUUUCGCUCAUGCACCCUUCCAUUUCUUUCUCUUUGAGGAAUGAUGUUUCUGGUUCCAUGGUUCUUCAGCUCCCUAAAACCAAAAACAUAUGUUCCCGAUUUUGUCAAAUUUAUGGAUUGAGCAAGUCCCAAAAGCUAAAAGAAAUAAAAUUUAAAUAUAAGGAAUUUGAACUUAGUGGCUAUAUCAGCUCUGAAGCACACUACAAUAAGAAUAUGCAGUUUUUGUUUGUGAACAGAAGACUAGUUUUGAGGACAAAGUUGCAUAAACUCAUCGACUUUUUAUUACGAAAAGAAAGUAUUAUAUGCAAGCCAAAGAAUGGCCCUGCCAGUAGGCAAAUGAGUUCAAGUCCUCGGUAUCGGUCUGCUCCAGAACUCUAUGGGAUAUAUGUGAUCAAUGUGCAGUGCCAGUUCUGUGAAUAUGAUGUGUGCAUGGAGCCAGCAAAAACUCUGAUUGAGUUUCAGAACUGGGAUACUCUCUUGGCUUGUAUUCAGGAAGGAGUGAUAAUGUUUUUAAAGCAAGAAAAAUUAUUUGUGGAAUUAUCAAGGGAAGAUAUUAAGGAAUUUAGUGAAGAUAAUGAUUUUAGUUUAUUUGGUGCUACUCUUCAGAAGCACAUGUCUUCUCUUGAGAAGAGUGACCAGGACAAUUUCCAGGAAGCAUGUGAUAAUAUUUUGGAUUCCUACGAAGGGUUUAAUUUGCAAUCAAAAUCUGUGAAAAGGAAAUUUACUGUAGAAAACAUGAUUGCAGAGAAUUCUAGGGAAUCAGAAGGUAUCAGAAAAAGGAGACAUGACUCAUUUUCCUAUAGUUUUGAAUCAGAUGGCCCAGGACAUAGUAGAAUGACACAAUCAUCUUUAUACAACAAAGACAGCUCUCGCUUAGAAUCAAGGAUGUUGAAACAAGAAACAGGAGAAGCAUCAGAAUCUAGAGAAAACGGGAAACAUCAGAAACCUUACUUGGAACAUAAUGCUGUAGACAGCCCAUGUGGAGACAUUCCACAAACAUUUUCAAUCCCAUUUCAGACACAUCAUUCUGAGGAGAGUAGGGCAGAUGGAGAAAUACAUAAAGUAUAUACUACUGUUAAUGGCACAGCUUCCAACAUCUUGAAUAAUAGAAUUCAAAAUCAACUAGAGAAAUUUAAAGGUGCUACUGAAACAGACUGCCAAUCUCUGCCUUUUGAGUCAACAUUAUUGAGAAUACAUAGUGCAGAGAGAGAGAAAGAGAGAGGAGAGCCUCAUAGUUAUGGAAGAAAAAAUGUUUUCACUUAUGGACAAGUUAAGUUAUGUUCCACUGGCUUUAUAACUCAUGUAGUACAGAAUGAACAAGGUAAAGCAACUGAAGCAGAACAUUCAUUUAAAAAUUAUGAUCUACCUGGCUCUUGUGCCCAAGAAACAUUUGGAAACAGAAAACAUCAUUCAGUUGAGCUUCCAGACUGCACAGAUGUAACCAGCACUUUAAGUAAAAAAUCUGUUCAACUUCCCAUCAAAAGUUUUUGCAGAACACAUACCAGUUAUGGACUAGAGAACAAAGCAAUAGCAACUAAUAAAAAUUUUUCUCUUUUUCAGAAAAGUAGUGAAAAAUCACACCCAGGUUGCUCAUUACCCGAUACAGCCUCCUCUUUUGAGUGGGAUAGACAUGGUGCAAGUGUUAGUAAGAAAGUAGCUAAAUUGACUGGUUCCUCCAGACCAGUAAUCCGUAAGAAACUAAGCUUGAGUUCACAACUAGGAUCCUUGGAGAAAUUUAAAAGGGAAUAUGGGAAGAUAAAAAAUCCUUUGGAUAUAGAAGUAGAGGAAAAUGUUGAAGUCAGAACCAGUCUCUGUCCUCAAGUUGAACCUGAUAGUUCAUUGAAAGACAGGAACCACUUAGAUCAAUCUGAUGUUUGUCAAAUUACCACUAUGAAGCAGAGUGAUUCAAAUGAUGACUGUGAACCAGAAAGUCACAUCCUGUCCUCAGAGAAGUUUCCACUCUCUAAAGAAGAUUGCUUGGAACAACCAAUGCCUUGUUUGAGAGAGAGUCCUGUUACUGUAACAGAGUUCUCUCACUGUAACCAAAGGCUUUUGGAUGCUGAGAAGUCACCCGAAUCACUAGCCUCUAAAUUAUCUAGACUGAAGGGUUCUGAAAAAGAGACUCAAGCAAUGAAGGAGAUGAGUCAUUGUAAUGAACUUUCAAUUUCAGAUUCCAGUAGGAAAACCAGUGACUUGUGUAGUGGGCUAACUCUAGAUUUUUAUGAGUUCCUUGAAAAUGAGCAUGAGAAAACAGAGAACAGCAUCCUCCCAAUGUUAGAAUCUACCAUACAAGAUCAUCCCUUCAAGAAUGGCGGUGAAACACAUUUUAACAAUGAUACAGCAGAGACCACUGUGACACCAGCAGCUCUGUUGGCAUUACCCUGUACCAAUGAUAAAAUUACCAGUGAAAAUGCUAAUGUUCUUAUCAGAACUUCAGACCAACAGACAGGAAGUCUUGAUUCUCCCAGUCUGGUGGUAAUGGGUCAAGUCGAAGAUAACACAAACAACCAAAAUGAGAGUGAGGAAUCUAAAGCAGGAGCUUAUGGGGAAAAUGACGAGUCAAGUACAUCUUCUUUGGAUUGGCAGCAAUAUUUUGACAUAACCCUGGGCAGAAUGGUAUACAUCAACAAAAUGACUGGCCUUAGCACAUUUGUUGCUCCUACUGAGGACAUUCAGACUGCUUGUACUCAAGACUUGACAACUGUGGCUGUGGAUGUCCUACUUGGGAAUGGGUCUCAGUACAGAUGUCAUCCUUUUAGAAGCAACCUUAUUCUUCCUUUCCUUCCAAGACCUCGGGAAGAGAGGAUUGUGCUGAGACAGAAUAUCAGAGAUGCUGUUGCUGAUGCUGUUGGUAGUGAAUCACUAAAGUCUUUAUUUUCAGAAUGGGACAAUCCAAUAUUUGCCCGUUACCCAGAGGUUGCUGUUGAUGUAAGCAGUGGUCAGGCUGAGAGCUUAGCAGUUAAAAUUCAUAACAUCUUGUAUCCCUACCGCUUCACCAAAGAAAUGAUUCAUUCAAUGCAGGUUCUCCAGCAAGUGGAUAACAAGUUUAUUGCCUGCUUAAUGAGCACUAAGACUGAAGAGAAUGGCAGAGAAGGCGGAAACUUGCUAAUCCUGGUGGAUCAGCAUGCUGCCCAUGAGCGUAUCCGUUUGGAGCAGCUCAUUACUGACUCCUAUGAGAAGCAGCAACCACAAGGUUCUUGUCGGAAAAAAUUACUAUCUUCUAUUAUAAUUCCUCCUCUAGAGAUAAUGGUAACAGAAGAACAAAGGAGAAUCUUAUGGUGUUACCACAAAAAUCUGGAAGAUCUGGGCCUUGAAUUUAUCUUUCCAGACACCAGUGAUUCUCUGGUCCUUGUGGGAAAAGUACCACUCUGUUUUGUAGAAAGAGAAGCCAAUGAACUUCGAAGAGGAAGAUCUACUGUCACCAAGAGUAUUGUGGAGGAGUUUAUCCGAGAGCAAGUAGAGCUGCUCAGGACCACAGGAGGCAUCCAGGGGACGCUGCCUCUCACUGUCCAGAAGGUGUUGGCCUCCCAAGCCUGCCAUGGAGCCAUCAAGUUUAAUGAUGCCCUGAAUGUAGAGGAGAGCUCUCGCCUUAUUGAAGCUUUGUCCUUGUGCCGGCUGCCAUUCCAGUGUGCUCACGGGAGACCUUCCAUGCUGCCGUUAGCUGACCUGGACCACUUGGAGCAGGAAAAGCAGGUUAAACCUAAUCUUGCUAAACUUCGAAAGCUGGCCGAGGCAUGGCACCGCUUUGGGAGAGCAGUGGGCUGUGAUGACAGGAUCCGGAGCCCGCAGCAGUCUGCGCCUCCUUGUGAGCCACCGUGAGAAUGGGCUAGCGAAUCUGAAGACCUGAAGCUUGAGCUGCUGGCAGCAGCCCAGCCUUGAUGGAGUCAGCCCCACCCACCAGGCGGGGUCACCAUGUCAGUCCUGCAGCAGGUGAUCCUUCACCUGAGCCGCCAGGCCAGCGGAUUCCCCAUCCAUCCCUUUGCACCCACAGACACGGGAUGCUGCGUAGAAUACCUACCUUCUGAACUUAUUUAGGGAUAAAACUUAAUGAUUGCUUAGUAGAUUGGCUUAGGUUUCAGGGGUGUGGUGUCUGUUCUUGUGGUUUUUCCAGCAGCCCAAUUUGCCUUAUUGUAGUACACUCAUUUUGCCCCAAAGCAGAGUCUUUCCUCCUUGACCCCCACAUUUACCAUUUGUCCUUCCUUCCCUCAGUCUUCAGUUCCCCCACUACUUUACAUUUCCAUUUGCAGGCUUACAGCCAGUCUUUUCUCCAUAAAAACACCCCUUGAUAUCUUUCAACAGGACUUUAAAACUUUAAAUUAUUUUUGGAUUAAAAACUUGAUAGCCAGGUGUGGUAAGAUAUAUCUGUAAUCUCAGCACUCAGGAGAAAAAAAUAGAGUA